AUGACAGUCGAUCGAUUCAUCGUGGAUGUCAGUAAUCACUCCGCUGGCCGCCCGACCGCGCCAAUCUUCCCUGCCAAUACCGUCCUCUCUACUGUUCCUCUUCAGCUCUCAUACAUAGCCCCUAUUACUUUGGGGGGAAACGAGCCUGCCCUUGAAGUCCUCCUCGAUGCCGGUGCACCCGAUGUCUGGGUUGACUCUGUGUUCUGCACAGGGACGAAUUGUAAUGGCCACAACAAAUACCACCCUGGGCCCAAGUUUGUCAACCUCAGCAUCAAAGACACCGAGAUUUACGGAGGCGGAGGCCCGGACGAAACUUUUAUCACCUGGCGGGUGAAUGACAGUGUUACUUUUGGAGAUAUCACCAUUCCCACUACAACCCUUGGCGCUGCUGUUCGGAUCGGUCCCGAUCAAUCGUACGAUGGUAAUUUCGGUAUUGCCAAGGCAUACUAUGCACAAUGCAGCUAUUCAAACAUCUACCCGAACUUCGUCGAGAACAUGUACCUUCAAGGCAUUAUCAAGAACCCGGUCAUCGCAUUCUAUCAACUGGAUGGGUCGGAGAGCGUCCCAUCGGGCGUGGUAUCACAGGCUUCGAUUGGCGGCUUGGACGCGAACAAGUUCACAGGGCAGGUUGACUGGAUCCCCAUGGGUCCGCAGUUCAUGUGGACAAACCCUACGUCGACUCGGUGGGUGCAGGCUUCGCCCUCUGCCACCGUGCAGGAUGCCACUGAGGAAUUCAAUCACCCUGCGAUCACAUUUGAUACAGGUGAUCCGGGCUUGCUCGGGCUUCCACACGACGACUGGGUCACCCUCAUGUCUCUUCUUGGUGCCGAAGGACCAGAUUCUAACGGGAACUAUCUCAUUCCAUGGGAGUCGACCAUGACCUGGAACUUUUACGGCUCUCAAAUGCGAAAUUACACAUUCAACCUCGCGGACACGACAACUGAUAACGGAAGCGGGUUUUGCAAUCCCUCUGCCAAUGAUGCUGGUGACACCACGAACUGGAUAACUGGUGCCCCAUUCCUCCAUCAAUACUACAUUGCUUUCCACUACGCGGCGAACCUGAUGGGGUUCGCAACGCGGAAUCUGGGUGCCAGUGCUGCGCAUAGCUCGCCAUACUUCAGCUAA